AUGGCCACAAUAGCUCACGCGCCUCCAGCUUCCACUGCAAUGACCGACCAACCACAUCAUCCUGCCAAAAUCAACCCCGAUACAAGGGAGCUCGCUCGUUCCCUCACAAAAAACGGGCUUGCCGACGCCUCCCUCGACACUAGCGAGGCUCACCAAACGUCCCAUUCGAUUCUCCAACCGGUCGCGACACCACCUCUGGAGGCUGUCCACUGCCUCAUUGGGUUUCAGCUCAUGAUGAAACCGUUGCAGUCGUUUCAGAGAGUACCAAAAUAG